AUGGCUUCCCUAUCGCCGCGCAAGUCUACACGCGCCGCCGCCACGCGCAGAAAGGCGCCCAUCAUCGACAAUUCGGACGAAGAGGAAAACCGCACUCCGAGCCCACAAGUCAAGGCUGAAGAAGAAGAAGAAGAAGAAGAGGAGGAAUUCACACCUGCACCCGCACCGCUCAAAACGGGAAGAGGCCGAGGUCGUCCACGGAAAGCUGCAGCAAAGGAUGAAGAUGCCAUGCCCAAAGCGGCGACGAGACGACGGACGCGGGUUACAGAGUCGGCCGAGCCCUCGCAAUUGCUCACUCCUGCAAAGGAAAGCACCAGGGCGUCAUCUCCGGUGAAAACCGUCCCCAAGAAGCGCGGGCGCAAACCCAGGAUCUCAGUGGCCGAGAGUGUGGCAGACAGCGUUGCAGAGGAGGACGCAUCGCAGUUGCUUACACCAGCAGCUUCUGCCUCGCCUGAAGCCUCGCGAAUAGAGGAGAGCAGUGAACACACACUUGUGCCGGGCACACCGCUUGCAGACAUCACGAGCAGCAGCAUAAACGAGCAGACUCCUGUGCAGCCAUCCGCGGAACAGUCCGUUGCGGAUAGCAGUACAGCAUUGGACGACGAUGGGGAAAGGACCCCAAGGGCAGGCGGGACUCCAGAGCCACUCGCAGAGGUUACACAAAUUAAAGACUCACGUCAAUCACUUGAACCAGAGGCGACGGUCAAGCCAGAGGCACCAACAGAGCCACAGGCGGGCAUGGCCUACAAUGUCAGCUCACAGCAACCGCUCAAGGAGACGCCAGCCGAGAUUGUCGCAAAGAGGCGGGCGGCGGCGAUGCCAGUCUUGCACGACGAAAAUGCGCCAAAACAAAGGACCGUCAUCACCUGGCUGGUUCUCAACAACUUCAAGAGUUAUGCCGGCCGACAAGAGGUUGGCCCUUUCCAUGCCUCCUUUUCAGCCGUAGUAGGACCCAACGGAUCUGGCAAGUCCAACGUGAUCGACUCGCUGCUCUUCGUCUUCGGUUUCCGUGCGAGCAAGAUGCGACAAGGCAAGCUUUCGGCCCUGAUUCACAACUCGUUUGCCUAUCCAGACCUGGACUUUUGCGAAGUCGAAGUUCAUUUCCAAGAAGUCAAGGACCUGCCUGCUGGCGGAUGUGAGGUCAUUCCAGACUCACAGCUGGUCAUCUCACGGCGAGCCUUCAAGAACAACUCGAGCAAGUACUACAUCAAUGGCAAAGAGUCCACCUUCACUAUAGUCACAACACUACUCAAAGACCGAGGAGUCGAUCUCGACCACAAGCGCUUCUUAAUCUUACAGGGUGAAGUUGAGUCUAUUGCGCAGAUGAAGCCAAAGGCUACGGGUGAACACGACGAUGGCCUGCUCGAAUAUCUAGAAGACAUUGUUGGGACAUCAAAAUACAAAGCGCCCAUCGAAGAUACUGCCGCCGAACUCGAGACGUUGAACGAGGUCUGUCGCGAAAAGAACGCCCGGGUGCAACACGUGGAGAAGGAGAAGAGUGGACUGGAAGAGAAAAAGGACAAGGCUUUGGCAUACAUCCGCGACGAAAAUGAAUUGGCCACAAAGCAGUGCACACUCUAUCAAAUCUACAUCUCCGAGUUCGACGAUCACAUCCAAGUCACCCAAGAGUCCGUCAACGAACUACAAGCUCAUCUUGACGAGGAGAUAGCGAAGCACCAAGGCAACGAAGAGGGUAUCAAAGAGCUCGAACAGCAGUACAGGAAGGGUGCCAAGGGCUGUGAACAGCUCGAGAAGAAGAGCCAGGAGCUGCAAAAAGAAGUUGCUCGCAUUGACAAAGAGACUGUCAAAUUCGAGGAGAAGAAGAAGUUUCUGGCUGGCAAGCAGAAGAAGCUUGAGAAGACCAAGGAGACGAGCAGCUACGGCAGGUCCGAGGCUGAUACACUGGCAAAACAAUACGCUGCGGAUCUGGAGCGCUACAAUGAGGAGAUUGCCGAGCUCGAACAAAGCAUGAAGAUUGAAGAAAAAGAACUGGAAUCUGUGCGCCGCAGCCUUGCGGGCAAGACACAAGGUCUCUCUGACGAGAUUGCAGCGAAGCAAAAGUCUCUCGAGCCUUGGAGUGCCAAGAUCAACGAGAAGCAGUCAGCUAUUGCGGUUGCGCAGAGUGAACUCGACAUCUUGCGUGAGCGCGAGAACGCUGGAGCCAAGGGCAUCGCCAGUAUCGAGGAGAAGAUAGCCGGCCUGGAGGCAUCGAAAGAGGCCAAAGCUGCAGAACUGGCAGAGUGUAAAGCUGAGAAAAAGCGCAUUGCAAAAGAGUUACAGAAGGUUCAAGCCCAGCUCGAAGAACUCUCGCAAAGGGAGCCAGCUGUACGGUCGAAGCUGUCUGGCGCUAGGGCAAAGGCAGACGAAGCGCGUGCUAGUUUGUCUUCUGCGCAAACCCAGGGCAACGUCUUGUCUGGUCUCAUGCGUCUCAAGGAGUCUGGUCGAAUUGAGGGCUUCCAUGGUCGGCUUGGUAAUCUCGGUACUAUUGACCAAAAGUAUGAUGUUGCCAUCUCCACGGCUUGUCCACAGCUAGACAAUAUGGUUGUGGACACUGUAGAAUCUGGUCAGCAGUGUAUCGAGUACUUGCGGAAGAACAAUCUCGGUCGCGCCAAUUUCAUUCUCCUUGAUCGCCUUGCAAAGCGGGAUAUGUCGCCAGUACAAACACCUGAGAACGUGCCCCGCCUUUUCGAUCUUGUGAAGCCCAAGGAUGACAGGCUCAAACCUGCUUUCUUCCAGGUCAUGACCAACACCCUGGUAGCCGAGGACCUGGACCAAGCUGAACGCAUCGCAUAUGGCGUCAAGCGCUGGCGAGUUGUUACGCUCGAUGGAAAGCUCAUCGAUACGGCUGGUACCAUGAGUGGUGGUGGCACUCGCGUUGUCAAGGGCAAGAUGUCUUCCAAGUUGGCCUCAGAUGUCUCCAAGGACCAAGUUGCAAAGCUCGAGCAAGAUCGGGACAUACUCGAACAGACCUUUGUAGAGUUCCAACAAGAGCAGCGGGAACUAGAGACCGCGCUGCGGGAUCUCAAUCAGCAACUACCCGAGUUUGACACCAAGGCCCAAAAGCUAGCGCUAGAGUUGGAAAGCUACGACCGCAACCUCGCGGAUUGCCAACGACGCAUUGAAGAACUUGGUGCAGAGCAGUCAUCGACGAAAUCAGACAAGGGCCGUGUGACUUCACUGGAGAAGACCAUAGCGUCGCUCGAACAGGAGGUCGCCAAACUCCACACUGAGACUGCGGAUGUCGAAGCAGAGAUCAAGGAGCUUCAAGACAGGAUCAUGGAGAUUGGUGGUGUCAAGCUACGAAGUCAAAAGGCCAAAGUCGAUGGCUUGAAGCAACAAAUUGAUACAUUGACGGAUCAAGCCUCGUCCGCCGAAGUCUCAAAGUCGAAAGAGGACAAGCAACGAAUCAAGCAUGAAAAGGCACACGCAGACGCCAUCAAGGAGCUUGAGAAGCUCGCAAUAGAGGCCGAGAAGAUCGAAGAGGAUAUGGCUGCCCAGCAUCGCGAUGCUUCUGGCAUAAGGAGACAGGCCGAGGAGGCGCAAGAGGCGCUCGAAACACAAAAAGAGGAACUUGAGGUCCUGAAGAAGGAGCUCGAUGAGAGGACGGCCGAGCUCAAUGAGACCCGUGCUGCCGAGAUUGAGAUGCGGAAUAAACUCGAUGAGGGCAAGAAGAGUCUGAGCGAGUUCCAAAAGAAGCAGGCCUACUUCUGUGACAAGAUGAGCAAACUAGUCUACCAGAAUGUGACCGAUCUCGGCGAAGCACAGGAAAGCGAGGAAGGCCUCCCUUCGUUCAGCAAAGACGAGCUCCAGGACAUGGACAAGUCCGAACUCAAAGCGGCCAUCGCCUCGCUAGAAAAGAAGAAUGAGUCUACCCAAGUUGACCUCUCUGUUCUAGAGGAAUACCGCAAGCGCGUCGAAGAACACGCCGCACGAUCGGCCGACCUUGCCGAAGCUACCAAGAUGCGCGACAUUGUAAAAGCAAGAGGGAUCGAUCUCAGCAACCGAAGACGCGACGAAUUCCAAACCGGCUUCGACCUCAUCAAUGCCCGGCUGAAAGAAAUGUACCAAAUGAUCACCAUGGGCGGUCUCGCUGACCUCGUUUACGCCGACAGCACCGACGCCUUCCUCGAAGGCAUCUCCUUCUCCGUCAAGCCGCCCAAGAAGUCGUACAAGAUCAUUUCGAACCUGUCUGGCGGGGAGAAGACGCUUGCCUCGCUCGCCCUCGUCUUUGCGCUGCACCACUACAAGCCGACGCCGCUGUACGUCAUGGACGAGAUUGAUGCGGCUCUCGACUUCCGCAACGUCAGUAUUAUUGCGGGCUAUAUCAAGGAGCGCACGCGCAACGCCCAGUUUGUGGUGAUUUCGCUGCGCAAUAAUAUGUUUGAGCUGGCGGCGCGGUUGGUGGGUGUGUACAAGGUCAAUCAUAUGACCAAGAGCGUUACGAUUGAGAAUAAGGAUUAUAUCACGGCGAGGGCGUAG